UCCUAUCGAUGUUUUAAGAGAACAAGUGUUGCAAAAGUUUUUCAGAACAUUUGGUGUUUUUUAGCCUUUUUCUGACUUAACCAGAAUGGCAGCUUUACGAGGCUGGAGAUUUAUUGGAUUUGUUUCAUGUAUAAUAGCGGCUGUUGGGCUUACAAUUUAUCCGGUUAUCGUAGACCCGAUGAUCAACUCACAGAAGUAUAAAUCAUUACAAGAACGAAAUAAAAAUAUGAAGUAACUUAUGUACUUACAUACAUACAUACAUAUUUGCAACAAAGUUUGGCUUGUUUAACA